AAAACAAAAGCAAAACAACAGAAAAUUUAGAAUCACAAUACAAUGUUGUUAGUUCAACUUCGAAGAACAUAACAACAAAUUUAAACAAAAAAUACAGAACAAACAGUAGACGCAGAGUAAGGUUUAAAAAACUGAAGACGGGCACGGCAAGAUCGAGCGAUCUUUCUAAAGAGCAUUCGAUGUUUUCCGUGCUUUGGGGACAUAGAUCCGAACAACCCACACGAAAAUCAGGCCUAAAUCUGGUCAAAUUCGGCCAAAACAGAUAUCAAACUUGGCCAAAUUUGACCAGAUUUAGUGGUGCUUUAGCGCAGAUUUGUGUGGGCUUUUAGGAAACGCUGAACCCAGGUAAAAUCAACGUAGACACAUUUUGGCUCUGGUGUUGCAAGAUUAUUAAUUUAAUUGAAGCAAUUGUCUAUUUGAUCCUUCUGUAAUGGCGAAUACUCCCCAGAAUUCGAAUCCUGUACCUUCUCCCAGCACACCCGCGCCUUCUUUAGAAAGGCGUUUUUCAACAACCCCACCUCUUGCAUAUAGGUCCCCUUUGGCCAACAGAUUUAGCCCUCAAACCCCAACAACUCAAAAUCUGCCAAAUGACAGGUUUCAAAGUAGUCCGUCAACAGACAGAUUUCAUCAUGUGGGUGUGUCCACAUCAUCAUCGCCUGCAGUGGGUUCCCCGUCAUCUUCAUUACCUUCUUCUUCUCCAUCAGCAUCAGUAAAACCAGAUGGGAAAAUGGCUGGGCCAAGCCCAAGUCCGAGCACUAGCCCAUAUCAGAUCCUAAAUGGAUCCACAGAGGGUCUGACCAGUGUACCUGGAUUCCAACCCCCUGACGUCAGUACAAUAUCCCCCAUUCUUUAUAAACAGGGCAGUGGCAGUGGGAGCAAGACAGCAGAUACUAGUUCUGGUGUUGUGCAAUUCAAUGCCCCUCCCGGUCCUCCAAUCUUCAGCUCCCCAGCUAGACCUGCUGCUGCACCAUUCAGUCCCAUGCCACCAAUGCCACAGCAUCCUGGCACUGGAGCUUCCCAAUUCUCCAAUAUUCCCUUCAGCUUCAGUAAAGGGAAAUCGUCUGGGGCGCUGCUUCCCACAUCAUCGUUGCCUCCUGCAGUCUAUUCCAAUGGGACGCCGGAGCCGCUGUCUGUGGAUUUGGAUGCUAAUUUUGAUAACUCAAGCUUGUCUGCAGCAUCGCCCUAUGUGCUGUUCUCCUCACACAAGGUGCUUAACCAAAAAAAGCUGAGCAACACUUCAAGCAUUGGAUUUGGUGCAAUAGUUUCUCCUGGAAGGGACACAGUGCCGGGUCCUCAAACUGUGCAACACAGUCCAUACCGUUGCCAGAACUGCGGAGCAUAUGUUAACCUCUACUGUAGCAUCAUGCCAAGCACUGGGGAGUGGAAAUGUAUUAUUUGCAAUAAGCUAAAUAGCAGUGAAGGUGAAUACCGAGCAGCAAGUAGUCAUGAUCUUCGAAAUUGGCCUGAGCUUUCAUCAACUGUUGUGGAUUAUGUUGAAACAGGCACCCGACGACCUGGGUUUGUCCCUGUCUCUGACUCAAGAAUGUCGGCUCCAGUUAUACUUGUCAUUGAUGAGUGCCUGGAUGAACCUCAUCUCCAGCAUUUGCAGAGUUCUCUUCAUGCCUUUGUUGAUUCUCUUCCUCCAACUACAAGGAUUGGAAUUGUUACAUAUGGGCGUACUGUCUCAGUAUAUGAUUUUUGCGAAAGUGGAAUAGCAUCUGCAGAUAUGCUUCCAGGGGGUCAAUCUCCAUCACAGGAAUCCUUGAAAAAUAUGAUUUUUGGUACUGGUCUUUAUCUGGCUCCUCUUCAUGCAUCACUUAAUGUUGCACAUAAUGUGUUCUCGUCAUUGAGACCGUUCAGGGGUGAUCAACCAGAAGUAGCAAGAGAUAGAUGCCUUGGCACUGCAGUUGAGGUUGCUCUUGCCCUUAUUCAAGGCCCAUCAGCAGAGAUGUCUCGAGGCACAGUUAAACGCUCUGGAGGCAAUAGUCGAAUAAUGAUAUGUGCAGGGGGACCUAAUACCUUUGGGCCUGGAUCUGUUCCUUAUUCAUUAAGCCAUCCAAACUAUGCAUAUCUGGAAAAGAAGGCAAUGAAAUGGAUGGAUCAUUUAGGUCGUGAAGCCCGUCGUCAUGACACUGUUGUAGAUAUCCUUUGUGCUGGAACAUGUCCAGUUAGAAUUCCCAUUUUGCAACCUCUAGCAAAAGCUUCAGGUGGUGUGCUAGUUCUUCAUGAUGACUUUGGAGAGGCAUUUGGAGUCAACUUGCAAAGGGCAGCAAUAAGAGCAGCAGGGUCUCAGGGCAUUUUUGAAAUUCGUUGUUCAGAUGGCAUUUUUGUGAAUCGAAUCAUAGGACCAGGUGAAGAUUCUCAUUCAGAUGGUCAUGAGACCUUCAAAAAUGAUAGUUCAGCUUCUGUUCAGAUGCUAAGUGUAGAAGACACUCAGAGCUUUGCUGUGACCAUGGAACUCAAGAGGGAUAUAAAAGAAAAGCAUGUUUUCUUCCAGUUUGCAGCUUGUUACAUGGAUUUUUAUCAAGCAAAUAUUUCCAGGAUUAUCACAAUCCGAUUGCCAACUACAGCUGACCUAGCAGCCUACUUAAACAGCAUUGAAGUUGACGUGCUUGCUGUUCUCAUAGGCAAAAGGGCAGUUUUGCAAGCAAAGGAUUCUUCUGAUGCUGUGGAUAUACGCCUUGCAAUUGAUGAAAGGGUUAAGGAUAUUACUGCAAAGUUUGGAACACAACUGCCUAAAGUUAAGUUGCGACGCUUUCCAAAGGAGCUCUCUCUACUUCCUGAAUACCUGUUUCAUUUGAGGCGUGGUCCUCUUUUGGGAAGUAUUAUUGGUCAUGAAGAUGAAAGAUCAGUUCUCAGAAACCUCUUUUUACAAGCUUCUUUUGAUUUAUCGCUCCGCAUGUUGGCUCCACGUGUGUUAAUGCACCGAGAAGGAGGCACAUUUGAGGAGUUGCCUGCAUAUGAUCUUGCCAUGCAGUCUGAUGCAGCUGUUGUGCUUGAUCAUGGAACUGAUGUUUUUAUAUGGAUGGGUGCAGAUCUUUCCACCCAGGAAGGAAAGAGUGCGGCAGCAUUAGCAGCAUGUAGAACUCUUGCUGAGGAACUAACAGAGCAACGGUUUCCUGCUCCUCGCAUCCUUUCAUUUAAAGAGGGAAGCUCCCCAGCAAGGUAUUUUGUAUCAAGAUUGAUACCUGCACAUAAAGAUCCUCGGUAUGAACAGGAAGCAAGAUUUCCUCAAUUGCACACUUUAACACUGGAACAGAGGACAAAAUUAAAAAGUAGCUUCUUCCAUGUUGAUGAUUUAAGCUUUUGUGAGUGGAUGCGCAGUAUGAAGCUUGUUCCUCCUGAGCCAAGUUAAUCAUGGAAUCAGAAUGAAGAUACUGUGUACCCAAUUUAUGCACUUGGUAUGCAGUGGGACUAUGUAACAAUUUAUAUUGUAGAUUGAAUUGAACUAGACUAUUCGGUUUUGUGCAUUCCAUAUGGCUGAAGGAAUUCUUCAGAUGGAACCAUGUUGAGCAAUCCCCUUGGUAGCAAAGGGCACUGUGAUUGACCUGUUAAUUUGCAUUGCAAUUGUCUAAGUUCUUUUAACAGGACACGAGAAAUGUGUUAGAUGCCUUGUAGAGUUUGCAAUUUUUUGUACUAGGAAGUAUAUGUUAUGAAGGCAUCAUUCAGCAAUAAAUAGCUGGGAGUUGGUUGUAUGAAAAUGGUCACAAAGCAGCAAUAAUUACAACUGAACGAGAGGAACUAUUUUGUUUUCCA